CCGCCCCGCCGCUCCGGCGCUCCCCUAGCCUCCCCCGAGGCUUCCUCCCUUCCGGUUGCCGGGCCAGCCACAGGACAGGGUCUUCUUCUAGGUCCGGAGGCCACGCCGCACCUCGUCGUCGGUGGCCGCACACAUGGGGGAGCCGAGCAAGGAGCUCCUGGGCCUCCCCUCCGAGCCCAAGCCGCCGUCCCUCAUCGAGUCGCUUCUUGUGCGGAGAGGAGAGCAGCGGCAGCAGCAGCAGCAGCACGAGGAGGGGAAACGCAAGGCGGGGCCUCCCACCGAUCCACUCCCCAAGAGCCAAGUUCUUGGAAGAGUGAAAGAUUUCUUGGGAGAGAUGGCAAAGGCGAACGAGAAACUGCAGCUUGAUGUAAAAAAUAAGCGUCCUGAAGAGUAUGAUAUAGAAGCGCUUACAGGAAAUGAGAAUGAAUAUAUUGAGAUGGAUUUGCUUCUUGGUGUAGCUGACCUGCAUUCAGAGAAAGCUAUAGAGGUGGCUGAAGCAACAAUAAACGGUUUCCCACCUGCAGGAAGGUCAUUCCCUUGUAGCUCAUCUGACUCUGAAGAUGAUAGCGAUGAUAGUGACGAAGAUGGUGGUGAUGAACAAAACAUGUCUGCCAAAGAUGAAGAUGAACCAGAGAUUCAAACAUCAAAAGGAAAGAAGUCCAAUAAACGACAGAAGAUCGUUGUUCUCAACUAGAAUGCUAGGCUGCUAGCCACUCUUGACGAGCAAGGACAUGGAGUUGUAACACAGCGGGGCCAACACCUGGUAUCAGGACAGCUUGAAACAGACAUCCAGAUAUCAGAAUUACCCACCGUAUUUUGUUGUAGAAUGCUCUAGGAUUAUAUGAUUUUUGUCAGGGGUAACUGAUGACGUGUAAGCCCUGCCCCGUGAAUACACUGCGGAAAUGUGUAGCAGUGUUGCAUCUUGGGAAGCCCGGCGAUCGAUUUUGUUUCAUUGAGGCUGCGAUCAUUUCAAGUAUGGAGUUCAGAUUUUUUGCGGGUGCGCUUCAUAAGUUCUUAAACAACAGUGUUUUCGUGCAAAAAUUUCAUAUAAAUGUUUGUGACCUUACUUAAAAA